AUGGAGUGGCAAGCAAAAUCCAUGAAAAGUGUCUUGUACCCUGCAACUACUGCCAAGAGGAAGAUGCAGGUCUGGCCUGGUACAACCAUUUUCGGAAGGGUGUCACUCAACUCGAUAAUAUGGGAACAUAACCGGAAGUAUGAAUCAUCUCGUCAGAAGGGGAAACCUGCUGUUGAAGAAGAAGCGAAGGGAAAAAUGCGAUAG